CUUAGCACACUCAUCCAUGGGCCGGAUAAAACCUUUUUGCGGGCCUGAUGCGGCCUUCGGUCCGUAUAUUUGACAUCCCUGCCUUAGAGCCUGUUUAUGAGCACCAUAAAAUUUGAGAAAAACAUAUAAUUUCCCUCACUUGUCUGCUACACUUUUGUGAGAAGAGGCACAGUCUAAUUGGAAGUUAAUAAAGGAAGAACCGCCUUCCUCACGGACAUGAUACCACCUCCAUUGGCCCAACCCUAGCUAGUUAAGCCCACCUCCACACUUGGGAAAAAAAAAAAAAAAAAAAAAAAGCUACAUAUCUUAAAAUCAAGCCUGGAGCAACGUCAACUACAUGUCUAAAUUGGCUGUCAACGUGUACCAACUUGUCGGACUACAUCCUCGUCCUUCUACUAUACAGCAGCAGGAUGUGCGACAAGGAGACGUUGAGGCACAGAUGGAGACGAGCCGUGUUGUCGAUUUUGGGAUUCCAGCUACACAGCAGAAAGGAUGAGGGAAAAUGUGGAGAGAUGAGAGCAGCUGCACACUGUGAAGUUUGCGUUUGAGUAUGCAACCCAGCAUCCAUCGACAGACCAUCUCAUAUUUUUGGUUGCCUCGUUGCUUUUUUCACUUCCUUCGUCUUCUCCUGCGUGCUCCCAGUACACGCAUGUCACCGAACCAGAUUCAGGGUGAAGUUGACCGGCUCGGUGAGGUCGGUGUUGUUCACUGAAGACCUUCUAGGUUUAUUUGCAUGAUGUUUCCAUUUGCUGAGAGAUGAGAAGAACUUCCACUACUCUCAGGUCCAAAUAUCUCAAGGGUUAGAUCUAGCCCACACAUUUAAGGAGGUGGUUUUGGUGUGGUUCUGACCCGGCGACACCAUGGCGGUCACAAGGCGGUCCGAGAUAGCGAGGAUCUUACUUCCAGUCUCUGCGUCUCCUUCGCUUUUCACCUUGAUGGUUUUGGCCUGGGGUCCAACUCCUGACACCUCCUUGAGGACAUGUUGACAUGAAAAAGUUGUCUACCAAGUUGACCCUGCCGCCUCCAACAUUGAAGAGGGAAGAAUCUUGUUUUGGAACCAACUCGUUGCUUGUCUAAAGGGAAAUAGUAGGGUAAAGGAUAACCAGAGUUCCAACAACUCAAACUUAAAAACUGACUCAAGGAAGCAAAAGUUUCAUUGGUGGCCGUGGUACGGGGUAUGUUGUGUUCCUGAAGAACGGAGCCGCCGGCAGCAGAGCAACACCACUAUCUCUCACAAGGACCGAGGGGAGGUUUUCAAAACACUCCCAGCAAAAAACAAAGAAAUGCAGGUGAAGUUUCAAGAAUUCAACACCGCAAAAAGCACAUAUCAGACAGAUAUGAGUCUGAAAAAGACAGACUGGGGGCCCCAGCAGGCUGCAUCCAUCAAGCAGAGCCAGCAGGUAUCAGACAGUCUUGGGUUCAGAGUCCAUGGUGAGGUUGUUGCCGCCGACGAUAAGAAGUUACGGUGGUGGCAAUGGCGCAAGCGAUGCCAAGUGGUGCCAACUCUUGAAGAACAACGCCAUCUGAAGAGCCACCCCAGCUCCCACCAGGACAAGGCGAUGGUGUUGGGGGGCCUGUCGGAUAAUAAAACAAGCUGGAAGAAGAGGAAGAAAAAUGACGAUCAAACAACAAAUGUCACAUCCACAAACCAUAGUGUCAGAAAUAAGCAGUACAAGUAUCUUGGGUUUCCUAACCCGGCACAGAUCUGCUACAUGAACGCCAGCCUGCAGAGUCUUUUGACUCUGGAGGACUUUGUUGAAGACAUCAGCCGUCAGGAGGCAAUUUGGAGGUCCAACUCUGAUGCUGCACUAAUCAGAGCAUUAAUGAACAUCAGUGCAUGUCACAGCUCCAGUGAUGUCCAGCAUAAAAUCUCCUGCCUUUUUUCGUUCAAGAACACUGUCUCCCUCUCUGCACCGGAGUUUCAGGAUGUCAGCCAGAAAGAUGCGCAUGAGUUCCUGACUUCCGUAUUGGAUCAAAUACGAAAUCUGAAACCAUCACAGCAGAGGGUGGCGGCCAGUGUGGGUCGAGCCUACAAAUGCCCUGUGGAACACCACUUUGUGUUCAAGAUGCAGAACUUCAGGAUGUGCCUCACGUGUAAGAUGAAAUUCACCAGAGAUGAAGAAUUCACCAACCUGUCCUUAGACCUGUUACCUGGAAUUGGAACAGUCGAGCAAAUGAUCCAAAAUUAUCUAAAGAGGACACUUGUGGAGUUCCAAUGUGAGUGUGGUUCCAACACGUCAUUGCAGCACUCCUCUUUCAUCAGCCUGCCAAAAGUGCUGGUCUUGCACCUGAAGCGCUUUGUGUUUUUUUCAGUCUUUGGGUCAAUAAAGGUCCGCCGCCCUGUUUGCCUUACAAAGGACUUAGUGGUGACAUCCAGACAAGGUGGCGCUUGCUACAGUUUGGUCAGUGUGAUCAAUCAUACUGGCUUCACAACAACCAGUGGUAAAACAAAUCUGGUUUAAUGAUGUACAGUAGGGAAGGGACUCAUAUGGCUCCAUUCCUGGGUGCAUUGUGAGAGGAAAAAGGGAGGUUAAUAAUCUUGCAAUGCAGUCUGUUGAAAAUGAUGGAAAGUGCCACUCUACAUAGCAACUGACGCUGUGGUCAAAGUUGGAAUUGCCACAAAACACAUUUUAAGAUACUCAACUGCUGUCUGGCAGCUAAAAGGGAUAGUCCACUUCCCCAAUUUGUCACAUUUCAUGUGUUAAUAAGUAAACCGCGACGAAUGGGGGCCAUAUGAAUCCCCUUCCUACUGUAUGCAAAAACAAAUACCAGUACCAAAGCUCAAUUUCUUGCUAGGACACUACAUCAGUGAUGGGGUGGACCCGGCAGUGGGAGAAGAGGACUUAACUGAUCGCUGGUUUACCUACAAUGACUUACAAGUUGAAGAAACAAGUUGUGUUUCUGUGUGCAACCAGCGUCAAACUACUGCCU